AUGCAGAUCCAUCUCAUUCCGAAUCAAGAUGGUGUUAAACAGUGGAUUCUGAUCGAAUUACAAGGAGGUUUGGAAAGUUGUUCGGGAGAAAUUCGAGGACAGCUGAUGGUCGGUAAUCUUUGCUGGGACAAUGAUACCGCAGUUUUCGUUCUCGGACACCAGGUAGUUGAGGGAAAAGCGAAGACAUUAGAUAAACCGUUUGUGGUACUUGCGAAGGGUGAAAAAACAACCGAAAAUGAAGUUGUGGCUAUUAUUCGGAAGAAAAUUCUCUUCUCGUUGCGUCCAAAACCGAUCGUUUUUAAGCAGUUAUCUUCAUGA